GCUAAUAAUCGAUCUCGAGUUUCAAUAAUCCCCGGUUACAAUUUACUCCCGUGCGGUGUAUACGAGUUCAAACUCCGAAAUACCCGUAAACAAGCGCUUCACUGUAGCAUGCACGUUCUCUUCAAACCGCUCCGAGGAUGAUUGGUCUCAAGAGCACGCUCAAUGUAAUCGACAACUCUGGGGCGGUCCUCAUCGAGUGCGUCAAUGUCCUGAAGCAAAAAGUCAACAACGGCUGGGGCAGCGUCGGCGACGAGAUUGUAUGCGUCGUCAAACGGGCACGGCCAGUCCCAGAAUCCGCCGGUCUUGCUGCCAAUGUCAAGGUGCGGAGAGGAGACGUCCGGCGCGCAGUCAUCGUUCGCACGAAAAAGGCCGUACGAAGACCAGACGGGCGUUUCAUUAGAUUUGACGACAAUGCCGCGGUCCUUCUCAACAACAAGCGCGAGCUCCUGGGGACACGUAUAGGUGGCAUCGUCAGUGCGGACCUGAGGAUGAAGGGCUGGGGGAAAAUCAUCAGUUUGGCUCCCAAGGUUGUAUGAUACUUAGUCGCAUAAUAUCACGGCUUCACGUGC